GUGGAGGGGUUUUUUUGGCGCCCGGAACUUAUUUCACAAGUUCGCGUUCCUUUUUUUUGCCCGGACUUUUGUGGCUUUUCUGACAUCACUUCCGGCGCGACGCCGUCUCCGCAGUGACCAUGGCGCUGAACGGGGGCGCGGACGAGGCCGAGGCGCGGCGGGAGCGGCUGGACCGGGCGAGCCGGGCCAUGGGGGGGCUGCUGCUGCGGGGGUACCGAAUGUUGGGGAGCUCCUGCCCCCAGUGCGGGACGAUUCUGCUGCAGGACAAGGAGCAGCGGCUGCUCUGUGUGACCUGCCAGGACCCCGAGGGGCCCGGGAGGGGGCACGCUCCUCCCCCCGCGCCCUCCCCCGCCGCCCCCCGGCCCGAGCACUGCGAGGGGGCGGCCGCGGCUUUUCGGGGGGCUCCCCCGGGCCCCCCCGAGCCCCCCGGGGCCGGCGGCGGGGCCGCGGUGGCGGCGGCGCGGGCGGCGGUGCUGCAGAAGCUGCUCUGGGCCGCGCAGGAGCUGCCGAGGACGGCGUCGGCCGAGGGCAGCGCCCAGCUCUGCCGCCUGGUGCGGGACUGCGCCGACGCCCUGGGGGGGCUGCAGGCCCUGGAGCCCCCCCGCGGGGCCGCGGAGCCCCCCCCGACCGCGUGAGAGACCCCCCGAAAAAAUCCCCCCAUA